CGACAAGGGAGCCAUGUCGACCGGUGGCGCAGAGGCUGCGGCAGCGGCGGCGGCGGAGGGGAUGGCGUCGGAGGCGUACCUGGCGGGCGACGCCGUGCGGGAGGCGCGGGAGCUGGUGGCGGAGCUCUGCCGCCACUUCUACCUGCAGGGCUGGGUCACCGGCACCGGCGGCAGCAUCACCGUCAAGGCCAACGACCCCGCCGUGCCCCUCGCGCAGCAGCUCAUCGUCAUGUCACCGUCAGGCGUGCAGAAGGAGAGGAUGGUGGCAGACGACAUGUACGUGAUGGCAGCAGAUGGCAAGAUCAUUUCUGCACCGCGAGCAAAGCCAUGGCCACACAAGCACCCAAAGUGUUCAGACUGCGCACCUCUGUUCAUGAAGUCUUAUCUAAUGCGAGGAGCUGGGGCUGUGAUUCAUAGCCAUGGCAUGGAGACUUGCAUGGCAACAAUGCUCGUUCCUGGCGCAAAGGAGUUCCGGAUGACACAUAUGGAAAUGAUUAAAGGAAUCAAAGGUCAUGGCUACAGAGAUGAAUUGGUGAUCCCCAUAAUUGAGAAUACUCCUUAUGAGUAUGAACUCACUGACUCUUUGGCCGAAGCGAUCAAAGCAUACCCAAAGGCAACUGCUGUGCUUGUACGGAACCAUGGAAUUUAUGUUUGGGGUGACUCCUGGAUCAAUGCCAAGACACAGGCUGAAUGCUAUCAUUAUCUUCUUGAUGCUGCCGUCAAGAUGUAUCAGUUAGGGAUUGAUUGGACGACUCCUGAGCAUGGUCCAAUAAACAGUGCCAAAAGAUUGCGUACUGUUAUAAGUCCUGAUGUUCCUAAUGGAGCUCAUGCAGCUAAAUCAUCAAAGCGUUGUGUUGUACUUGACAUCGAAGGAACAACAACUCCAAUAUCAUUUGUGACUGAUGUUAUGUUUCCUUAUGCCCGUGAUAAUGUGCGGAAGCAUCUGAUUUCUACAUACGAUUCUGAAGAAACCAAAGAAGACAUUGAACUAUUGCGCAUCCAAGUUGAAGAAGACCUGAGAAACGGAGUUGUUGGGGCUGUUUCAGUUGCACCCAGUGAUGCUGGCAAAGAAGAGGUUAUCAAUUCGUUAGUCACUAAUGUUGAGUCCAUGAUCAAAGCAGACCGGAAGAUUACAUCAUUGAAACAACUUCAGGGUCAUAUAUGGAGGACUGGAUUUGAAAGCAAAGAACUGCACGGUGUUGUUUUUGAGGAUGUUCCCGGGGCGCUGAAGGACUGGCAAUCUCACGGUGUGAAGGUUUACAUAUACUCAAGUGGCAGUAGAGAGGCACAAAGGCUACUAUUUGGCCACUCAUCCCAUGGUGAUCUGCGACAAUACUUGUGUGGUUUUUUUGACACCACAACAGGAAACAAAAGAGAAGCAAGGAGUUACUUCGAGAUCACAAAAUCACUUGGGGUGGACAAGCCAUCUGAAAUCUUAUUUAUCACAGAUGUGUUCGAAGAAGCUGUUGCUGCAAAGAGUGCAGGUCUCGAUGUAAUAAUCUCUAUUCGCCCGGGGAAUGCACCACUUCCUGAGAAUCACGGUUUCCGGACAAUCAGCUCUUUCAGUGAGAUCUGAGAAAUGUGCAAGAGACAAGCAUGCGGGAGAAUCACCUUUGGAUGUGUAUGUGGCAGUGCUUCGUGGGCCACUGGAUCAGUUCUUGUAAUAGCAGGAUAGCGCCUUAUUAGCAUGGCAUCCGAUUGCAAUAAAAUCAGGUGGCAGAAUAAAAGUGGGAAGAAUUGUAGUAAGAAAAAGAGAAUGGUGCGAAGAGGGUACGAGUGUGUUUGUGUUUGUGAGUCGAUCGAGCUCAUUUGGUUCACCUUCGAGUCCUGUGUUUGUGAGUCUCUGUUUGGUUCACUUUCGAGUUCUGUGAUGUCAUGAGGUAAAAUUUACUCGUUGGCGAGAUUUCAGCUCUUGCUAUGGACAGUAGAAAUAAAUUUGAUGAAGAAUGGGGUUA